UCCGAGAUCUUGAGGCGAGGAGACACCCUGCGGAUUUAUACUUGUUUAGACUUCAGGAACGAAAGAACAUUUUGGUGGUUGCCUACAUCUUCUCACUGCAACUGUAUUUUUGACUUUUUAUUUCUGGGGGGGUGGGGUGGCGACGCAACAUGAGCGGGACGACUUUUGACAAAAAGAUACCCAGCAUUUUAAGUGGCUUACCGGGUUCUAUGAGCCGUCACCCGGCUUCCAAAGACUCUCCGACUCUACCAGAGUCUUCCGCGACCGACAUGGGUUACUACAAUGGACCGCACGAGUACUACCAAAGCCAGUGUUACUCACAACCCAUGAAUCCGUACACCUAUCACCCGUUCAACCUCAAUGGGACGGGUGCGGGGGCUUACCCCACGAAAACUGAAUACCCAUAUCAUAAUUCAUACAGACAAUAUGGACAGUACAUCCGAGACCAACAGACGCCACCACAAGACACAGUGAAAGAGGAGCCAGAGACUGAAGUCAGGAUGGUCAAUGGAAAACCGAAGAAAAUACGCAAGCCCCGAACAAUAUACUCCAGUUACCAGCUUGCUGCGCUGCAACAGCGGUUCCAGAAAGCACAAUACCUCGCUCUGCCCGAGAGAGCCGAGCUAGCGGCGCAGCUCGGACUGACCCAGACACAGGUAAAGAUUUGGUUUCAGAACCGGAGAUCCAAGUUCAAGAAACUGUAUAAGAACGGAGAAGUCCCGCUGGAUCACAGCCCCAACGCCAGCGACUCAAUGGCGUGCAACUCCCCCCCUUCCCCCUCCUCUUGGGACAGUGCCUCACACAACCCUUCCAGUAGGGGGCAGCUCCAACAACCGCCCCUCAGUUCAUCUCCGAGCUACAUGGAGGACUAUAGCAAUCACUGGUACCAGCAAGGGUCGCAUUUACAGCACCCGGCGUCAGUGCGUCACACUCCGCCUCCACAGAGUGGCGGAGGAGCGGUUUAUUCCUAAAGACUAUUCCACAAUUUUUUUUAUGACACACUUUUUUUUUUUUUAAAAAAAACACACACACAGCAAUAAGCUUACUUCAGUUAGAAGAUCCAUAUUGCAAAUUUUAAAAAAGUUAAGAAUUAAGAAAAUAAUUAGAUUAUGCUCACACUACAAUCUUUGUUGGUAUUCUUUUAUUUGUCCAUCUCAGGAUUUACCUACAAAAAGCAACACACGAAUCUACUUUGUUAUUUUCAGCAAAUGAUAAGCAACUAUCACUAUAUUGUAAAAUGUAUUUUGUUUUAAAUAACUGUCAAUAUUGUUCGCUCUUCUUCUCAAUCAAAGCCCAGUGUUCAAUUCUUUAUACGGAUUAAAAGGGCUUUUUUUUUUUUUUUUUUUUUUUUUUAAAGAAAAACCCAGCGUUUAUUUAGGUGCUAAAAUUCUCUUAACUGUCUCAAAAGUUUGGUUGUAUAUUUAAAAAAAUAUAUAUUUGUGGAGUGGUGUUAUUAAAUUAUUGUUUAUUGUAUGCUUUUUGUUAGUUCGCUAAAUAAAAUAAAACUCCUCCAAUCCCGUUUUAUUUGAGAGCAGUAGAGGUAUUAAAAAAAGUCAUGAGAUUUUGUGUUAAAUAAGAAAUCUAAAAUGGAGCAAGUACAUUUAAAAAAAAUCUCAGGUUAUUUAUAAUAUUUUGUACAAAAGUCGAUGUUUUAAAGCUGUACAUAUAUGUCAUUUCUUUUUGUACAUAAAAAAGAAACCACUAAAUACCAUACUGUUUCUUACAAUGGUAACUGCGAUUGCACUAGGUGCCCAACGCCUUAAACAAUUACGUAAUUCAAUAAUUUUCAUUGUGUUUGUAUUCUAGUAAUAAAUUUGAUUUAUAACGAAAA